UAUCAUUAUAAAAACUCAUCGGCGAGAUCGUUAAUCGUUAAUUUGUGUUUUGAAAAAGUCGAAUUGUCUUGUGAAGUUCACGUUGCAACGUUAAAUACCUACCUACAACUCCAGUAAAAUGGCUUUCGCUUCUGUAUCAUUGUUGGCAGCUUGCGUUUUGGGAGUCUUCGCCAUCGCCCACGGAAACCCAAUCAUCGCAGCAUCCACAAACGAAGAAUUGUCCACCCAAUCUAAUUCAUACAACGAACAAUCUUACACCGCUGUCGACAACCCAUACGGACCAGACUACGUAUCCAUGGACAGCAGCUCGGGCUCAUCAUCGUCAUCCAACUACGAAUACGACAGCAACUACUUGAAUACCAACGGUGGUCUUCCUCUUCUCUCCACCGGUGGAAGCUUGAUCCAACAAGAACAAGAACUCCAACAGGAAGCUAGCUCAUACAGUCAACAACAACUCAACAACUACUCUACCCUCGGUGGAAAUACCGUCCAACAAUUCUCAGCCAGUUCUCAACAACAAAUGGAACAAGCUCAACAACAAUCCACUUCGUUCGUCAGUUACUAAAAUGACUGAUUUGUAUUAUUUUUGAGCCACGAUAUUGAUACCAGUUUAAUUUUUUCAUCAGUAAGGAAAAAAUCAAACUGAAUUAUCAAGAGUUGAUAUUUUAAAUACACAUUUAUUAUAUUGUUAAGUCGCAACAUAAACUCACAAUGUUUUUGAUAAUUUGAUUACUUUUGUUUGUAAAAUUAACCCGAGCAGGUAACUUGUAUAACGGUCCCGUUAAAUAUAUUGCAUAAUCGAA